CGUCACUUCUGGGGGUGACCAGCCGUGAUGACAUGAGGGGGUGGUGUGCUGAUGUCAUAGGGGGAGGAGGACAGGAAAAGCCCUGAGGGACAGUUUUCUUCCGAGACAGUUUCGGAGCUGACUGCGAGUUGUUUCCUGCGCUCUGCUCCCAGAUAAGAAGCAGAAAUGUCAUCUGACUCAACCUCCCCUGUUACUGCCACAUCCAGUGAGUCGCCAGUAUCUCCUCAAUCUCCAGAGUCUCCAAAGACCCUUAACUUACCAGGCCCUCGACGAGUGAGAGAUCGUUCUCCAUCUCCUAUGAGACACCUCGUACCUAGUCCACUCCCCACUAGACGUACAAGAACGUUUUCUGCAACUGCACGCGCUUCUGAAGGACCGUUGUACAAAGGAGUAUGCAAAUCCUUCUCCCGUUCUAAAGGACAUGGCUUCUUAAUACCUGAAGAUGGCGGGCCGGAUCUCUUUGUACACAUUUCUGAUAUUGAAGGAGAAUAUGUCCCUGUAGAAGGUGAUGAAGUCACUUACAGAAUUUGCACCAUUCCUCCGAAACAUGAGAAGAAACAAGCUGUGGAAGUUGUGAUAACUCAUUUAACUCCGGGAACAAAGCACGAGACGUGGUCUGGACACAUCAUCACUUCUUAGAUCCAUAUAGUCAGCAUCGAGUUGUUCUGUUUGUUUUUUUAUUUUACUGUUGUCUGAAAACAUUCUUUACUACGGCUUAUCACUAUCACUUAUAAAUCUUCCCACCGUGGAUGCAUUGGAUUCUA